CCUCAUCUUCCACACAUAUCGAGUCCUCCAUCUCGCUCCGUCACCACACCUCCUUGAUCGGAGAGCCGCCGGGACGAUGCCGAGUACAACGUACUUCCUCGUCUCUCUGCCCCUGUCCAUCGCGCCCUCCGACAACAAAGACGAUGCCCUCACCACCCUGCGAUCCGCCGUGUCUGCCGACCACGCAACCACCUAUCCCUUCGCCAUCCCCGAGUUCAAGAUCGGCACCCUCGAUGCUCUCGUGCAGCAGGCCGAUGACCUGGCCAAGCUAGAAGGAGGGUGCAAGCAGGUGGUGGAGAAGAUUGCGGAUUCGCUGAAGACUCUGCUGGACGGGGACGAGGAGAAGAUACAGCAGCAGAAAGUGGUGAAUGACCGGCCGGUGGACACCUACAUCCAAUCAUUCCAAUGGAACAAAGUCAAGUAUCGCGCCGACAAGCCCAUCGCCGAGCUGGCCGACACGCUCUCGAAGGAAAUUUCGGCAGUGGACAACGACGUCAAGCAAAAGUUCCAGCAAUACAACACCACCAAGACCAAUCUGGCGUCGAUGCAACGCGGGCAAGCGGGCAACCUGUCGCAAAAGUCGCUCUCCUCCAUCGUCAACCCCGACACCCUACUCCAACCCGACCAAUCAGAGUACCUUCAGCAACACCUCAUCGCCGUCCCCAACACCCUCAGCAAAGACUUCCUCCAAUCCUACGAGCAGAUCUCGCCCAUGGUGGUGCCGCGGUCGGCGCAGCUGCUGGCGAAAGAUGAUGAGUUUCAGUUGUAUGCGGUGACGGUAUUCAAGAAGCACAGUUCGGAAUUUGUCCACAAGUGUCGCGAGCACCGGUGGACGCCGAGGGAGAUGAAGUUUGCGGAUGGAGGCCGCGAGGCGGAGGAGAAAGAGUUGCAGAAGCUGGAGAAGGAGGAGCGGAAGGUGUGGGGAGAGGCGUUGCGCUUGGGACGGACGGGGUAUGGAGAUGCGGUGAUGGGCUGGAUCCACGUGCUGGCAUUGCGUGUGUUUGUGGAGACGGUGCUGCGGUAUGGAUUGCCGUUGUCGUUUGUGUGCGGCUUGAUGAAGACCGACCCGAAACGCAGCAAAAAGGCCAAAGGCUCCCUCGAUGCACACUUCUCGGAGCUUGGCGGCAAUGCGAUGUCGAGGGACAAGAAGGGACGGGUGAAGCAGGACGACGCGGGGAUGACGCAGGACAUUGCGAGUGCAGGGUUCGGCAUGGAUCAAGGGUACGAGGCGUAUGUGUUUUACGAGUUUGAGAUCAUCUAGCGGACGUGCGUGCCAUGGAGAGAUGGGAGAGACGAAGAUGUAUAGACAGAGGGUUGAUGGGCAGCAUCCCAGCCUUGAGCUAGCAAUUGAGUGGGCAGGGAGGAGAGCUACACAGCCAGCUACUCUGCCUCACUGAUCAGGAGACAAACAUACAUGAUGU